AGAGUUGACGUUUGCGGAAGCAGAUCUAUGUCCUAUCUUGGUAACUGAAAAACCAAACGGAGGCGAUGUUUUCCUGUUAAAUCACAAACGAAUCAAAAGUUUAUUCAGACAUCCCUCUGGAUCUCUGCGGUUGAUUUACAGGGACAAUCUCCGUCGUUGUCAGGCUACUGAGAGACGGCUAAACUCCGACAGACAUGGAGGUAAGUGUUGGAUUAGCGAUGUGAAAGGCAGCAGUGCUAAAUAAACCUCUGCUCCUGUAUCGCAUAUAUAAAGUCAUGUUAUCAAUACUGCCCCACUACAUUCAUCAUAUCUGGAGUUAUAGGUCGUAAUCUAUGAGUAGCAAGUAUUAUAGUCGUGUUUUUCCACGCUCUGACUCAGGACCCUGGUGGGACUGGAUCCGAGUCUGUUGCUCCAUCACCAGCAGGUUCAACCAAGUCAAAGGUACAUCAUAUCUGUAAACCUCUUUAUUUUCAUGUGUGAAACAUGUCUGAAUUCAGUAAGAGUUUGUACUGUGUGGUGUUGAUCUGGUUGUUUCUGUUCUCAGCUGGACACAUUGUCCAAAGAUGAUCUGAUUAAGUUUGCCAAGAAGCAGAUGGCUGCUCUGCAGAAGAUGAGGAGUCGAUGUGCAGGUAGACAGCUGGACUUCAAAUACAACUCUUGUUUAAUUUUUUAUUUUAUUUGAUACAUUGACUUCGCAGGUCAUUUGUGCUGACUUGUGUAAUAUGACCUCUGUUUUUAGAUUUGGAGAAAGAAUUUGAAUCCCUCAAACAACAACCUAAAAACAGGAACACCAGUUCAGAUGAUUCCACUCUGAUUCAGGUGAGUUCUCUGGGCACUUUCUCAUCAUGUGCUUCCUGUCAAUAUUUGCCUGUUAAUAUUUGCCCAUCAUUGUCAUUCCUGAUGUGGAUCACUUGGAUAUGUGUAAAAGGAGCUGACAGAGAGGAUGGAUGCCUUGCUACUGGAAAAGGCAGAAACUCAGCAGAGCCUUGCACUGUCCCGAAAGGAUCUCGAGAAGACUAAACAACAAGCUAAGGUAAAGUACAGCAGCAGCAUGUAUGGAUUCCUGCAAAAUACAGGUUAUUUGGCCAGAUUGACUGAACUCCAAAGAGCUGCUCUCCUGCUCUAUGGCUGUACCUGUUGACAUGCCUAAUAUUCUCAUCUCAAAUGUGAUUUUGUGCAGGAUGAUCUAGCAGCCCUAAGGAAGGAGCUUGUCCAUGUUAUAGAAGACCACCAAAGAAAGAUCAAGACCCUGGAGAGCACUAUUGAGGAAUCGAACAACAAACAUCUAGAGGAAGUGACGCAUUUUCAGAAUUUACUGAAAGAGCGAGAAGAGAUUGACAGGCAGAGGGAGAGUGAAAGAGAGAGGGAACACCUCUUAGAGGCUCAACUUAAAACCCUUCAAGCUGAACUGGAGGCAGCCCAGGAGCAAAAAUUACUGGAGAUUACUGAGGCACAGGAGAGUUGCCAGGGGGAGUUGACAAAGGCCCAACAGGAGGUGGAGAACCUGAAGGAGGAGUUGGCCCAAAAAAGUCUGCAGCAUGAGGAGGAGAUGAGGGUUCUGGAAGAGGACUGUGAAAUGGAGAGAGAGCGUCUCCUUUUGCUCCAUGAGGAGCUGACAGAGCAGCUUGCUCUCAAAGGUAUAGCAGCGAUGAUUUAUAGAUCAUUUAUAAAAUCAGGAGCUUAAUCUGUGAGAGGAAAGACUGCACACUGUUAUCAGUAGGUCCAUUUCCCUGAUACACAGUCUGCUCUGUGUACUAGACCACUGAUUUCUGUCAUACAUUCAUACACAUAUAUAGGUGUGUGUGUGUGUGUGUGUGUGUGUGAUGAUGCCAGUAAAGCAAAGACUUCUAUAUUUCUGGGCCUCAAUAUAACAUCACAUUCUUCUAAGGUUGUAUGAUUUUUUAUAACUUUUUAUUUAAUGGUACGUCCUGAUAAAGACUUGUAUUUAUUAUAUAAGUUAAAAUCUUAUGUUGAAGUAGCCAUUGAUCCACUUGUCUGUUGUGUUUGUUUAUCUGUUUUUUUAUUGGAUGGACAUUAAAAUCACUCUCUUGGCUAACUCUACUCAUAUUUACUCCAGAUAGCUUCCUGCAGGAUGUGCAAGAGGAAGAUGAGGAACCAGCCCGUGGUUCAGGGAUUGCCAAAAUGCUGGAGCUGUCUGGCUGCACUCAGGGUGACUCCAGCCACAGCGAUGGAGAGGAGACAGAGAUUGGGAAACUCAAAGUAGCCUUGGAAGAACUUCAAGCCCAAAAUACCAUGUUUCAAGAUGAGCUCACCCUGCUCAGUAAUGUGAAAAGUGAGCUUGAGUCAGAGCUGGAGAGGACUAAAGAAGAGUCCCAGAUGGAGCGAGAAGAGCUGGAGUUCAAAAUUAAUGAGCUGCAAGUAAGCCGGGACAGUGCUCUCAAUUACCAGGCUGUAACCCCAGACUCUGAGCAACAAGAAACCAGAGGAGAGCAACUGAGUGAAGUUCAUCAAAAUGGAGAAGAUCCUCUUUCAGCCAAAUCCAGGAAGUCAGCAAUGUUUGCUGGAGACCAUAAUCUCCAAGAUCUAGUGGAGCUGCGGGUUCAGUGCGAGGCCUUGACUAUAGAGAGGGACUCUGCGAUGGCUGAGUGUCAACACAUGAAAGAAAUUCUGCAAGAGAUGAAGACAGAACUUGGUGAGAAGACAGACGAUUUUGCUCUCCAGUACAAAGCCAUGAAGGACCAGGAGGCAAUCACAUUGAAGGAUCUCCAAAACAAGAUAGAGGAGCUUAUCCAGGAGAAGGAGGAGGUGAUGGAGGGGAUGAAAGUGGAAACAGAAGAGAAAAACAGUCUGGAAAAAAACAUUCAGGACCUGAAGCUUAAGCUUGAAGCUUCUGUUGGAGAGGACAAGAAUCUGCAGUCAUCUGUUGAGGAGCAAACUGCUUUAGUCUGUGAGCUGAAGCAGUCUGUGGUUGAACUCACCAGGCAGAACGAGGAGAUCCUCUCCCAGCUGCAGAUGAAGGAAAGCGCCACUCAAGAGCUUAAAGAAAUGGUAAACACAUUGAGUGAGGAAAAGAACAAUGUGCAGUCUCAGCUUCAGCAGAGAGAAGAGGAAAUGCAGAGUCUGAACGAUGAGAAAACAAAAGAGAUCCAGAGACUAACAGAGGAGAAAGAAAAGGAGGCACUGUUGUAUAGGGAGGAGAAAGAGAGAGAGUUGAAAAGCCUCAAAAAAGGGAAGGAAGAAGAAGUACAGCUCUUAAAAGAAGAGAGGCUCACAAUGGAGGGAAGCAUGAAAGAGGAGGUUGAAAGAAGGCAAGAGAAAAUAAGUUUUUUGGAGAUGACAAUUAAAGAUCUCUCCUCUGACAACACAGACCUCAGUAAGAAACUGAAAGAGGCCUCUUCUGGGCUUUCCAAGACCCAGGAAACAGUGGAGCUUUUAGGGUCCAAGCUUGCAGCCGUGGAGGCUCAGCUAGAGCAGGAGAUGUCUGAGAAGCAUGUCAGAGAGGCAAACUUGAAGUCAAUGACAGAGGAAGCUGAGCAGGCCUGCACCACAAUCAGGACUCUGGAGGAAAAACAGGGUGAGGUACUCCACACCACCAGCAGAGAAGUGGAAGCGCUCCGAGCACGUAUAGAUGAGCUGGAAAAGGAGAGGAACCUAUUGAAGAGUAGUCUUGAGGAGGCUCGAGGAGAGGCUACAUUAGAGGAGGUACUAAAGGAGCUUCAGGCUCGUAUUGCAGAUCUGGAACAGGAGAGGGACAUGUUGAGAAACAACUUGGACGAGGUGCUGUAUGACACUAAAGGGCUGCAGAAAGACCUGAAGGAAAUGAAGUCAGCCAAUAUGAAGGUCAGCAUGGAGAACCAAAAUCUGCAGGCCCAAAUCUCUUCAAUGACCCAUGAGGGACAAGAGAAGGAGGAUGAGGGGAUGGAGAAGGAGAUACAGGAGCUUAAAGACCAGCUUGCAGACAAGGCCUCUCUCAUUACUCAGCUGAAGAGUGAGAUGGUCGUCCUUCAGGUGAGUGGAGCUCUGGAUAUCUUCUACUCAGAACUUUAUCAGUCCACAAGACAGACAUUUGGUAAUGUUGGUUCCCAGCUUUUAUCCUCCAUUUUUAUUACUGCCAGAUAUCUAAGAUGUCUGAAUAUGUGUUCGUAGGAUUUAAGACAACAAAAGAAACACCUGUAGCUAAGAAAAGAAAAGUUGCUUUUGUAAUGUUUGGGUUGACAUUUGGCAUUAUUUCAAUGAAUUCUAAAAGACUAUGGAGGUCAGCUGAUGGCUCUUGUGGCUCAUGAAACUCCACUGUUUUGAUUUCUGUCAUUUGGAGGAGAGUUUAGAUUUGCCACUCCUCCUGAAAGGCAACUCUUCUGAACAAGUAUAAAUUUGCGGGAAAUAUUCCUUUGAUGGAAAUUACGUACUGUUUUGUCCUAUAAUAAAUUAUGUUUAGUCAGAUUGUACCGUCUGUUUGUUACCGUCUGUCUUUGUCACUUCUCCAUCAGGAGUCUGCUGCUCAGUCUGUCUCCUCUGAUGAAAAUUCAGUCAGUGAGAACGCACAGAAAAUUGGUAUGAAAGUGACCCUCAAAUGAGUAUUUUAAACUAUGUCACAUAAAUUCCUUAGCGUCCCUGCUGUGUAAGGCAGGUGAUUAACUCUUGAUUCAACAGUAUAUCCAGAGUCUUUCUCAUACUCUGUCAGAACUGCUUCUGUUUGUCUUUCUACAGCCCAUCUGGAGAAGGAACACAAAGAAAAGGAUGAGAAGAUGAACAAAAUAAAGGCAGUUGCCAUUAAAGCAAAAAAGGAGCUGGACAUCAGUAAGAAAGAGGUACAGGGAAGAAUGACACUGAUGAGUAUAUGCCACUUUAUCCUCAAUUUAAUUACCGGUCUGUGAAUAUAUAAUGCUUUAUACAAAAUAAACAAUGUAUUGGAAGGGUAAAAAAAAAAAAAAUCAGUGGGAUACAACAGAUUCCAUGUCCAUGUCAAUUCAACCAAGAAUCUCCACUCACGUCAUAGAUUUUAAUGAAAUUUGGUGGAGUGAUUGGCCUUCAGGAGAAACUGUCAGAGCUCAAAUAUUUUUGUUCAAAGCCAUCUAAUUAGUGAGAUAGAGGCUAAUGAAGUUUUGGCUAACUAGCAUGACAUGCGUUACAAAAGUGUUCAUAUCUCUGGAAGUAUGGCACAUAGAGAGCUGAUUCAGGUGUCAUUUUAAAGCUCUCUUCAAGUUCUAUCUUUUUGGUCAUGGCAUUUUUUUCCCAAAUUGGACUAGAAAAAAAUUAUAAAAGACCAAAAACUUAAAUUGGAAAUAGCAAAAAACGCGCGUCCUUCAAUUUUCUUCAUAUUCACACUAAAGAAAGACGAUCAUGUCCACUAGCAUCCCUGCAAGUUUCAGGAUGGGCAUUCCAUAACUUUUUGAGUAAUCAGUCAAAAUGUGUGGUAUGUUAGGUCGAAAAUCGCCAUAUUUGGCACAUUAUACGGUCCUGACCUCAUCUGGAGUCAGCCCCACUUGCCUGCUUGUGUAAAUUAUUACUUCCUCAUAGUGCAAAAUGCUUUUUUUGAGUGCUUUCUUUGGAUAUUAUCCCAUAUUUAUAUGAAAAAUGGCUAGAGUAGCAUAUAUUUGCUCAGAUUUCCAUCGCAUUUCAUUUCUAUUUGCACCUAUAUCCAGAACAUGAAUGAUCUUAGCUUCAUGGGACAAUCAUUUGGACAUACCUGCAUGUCCUGGAUCCUAGGGUUGACAAAUAACUUCUACCUUUGCACCCUGAAAUUUUGUUGCUGGUUUCCCUGUGAAGUAUUCCAGGCUAUUUAUCCUGAGCCCUUUCAACAUUUCCUUCAUACUUCAGAAGUACUUUUAGCAUGGUGAUCAAGCUUUGUGCAGCUUUCCGAUAUUGUUAGUUUGUUUUCAAAUAGGAAAGAGUGUCUGAACUACAAAGAGUUUGAUAGCGUCAGUGUAAGGAAUGAUGGUUCCCUAGUCGUCUUGGUCUUCUGGCUUUCAGUACAUGCAAAUCUUUGAGAAAGAGCAUAUCAGGAGAGCUACAGUAAUUAGCAACCAUUCCAAAAUAUACUAGAAGAAGUUGGGCAAGAGGAGAGCAAAGGAGCCAUGUAAGGACUAUAAAAUAAUUUCACUUGAGUAGUGAAUAAUGGUGCUCUGUUGCCCUGAGUCUCAAUUUCUUGAUGCACUUUGGAGCAGAGGCAAAUCAGGUAAGCUACAAGAAUGAGCUCGCACUUUAUCUACCAUAUUACUGUAUCAAGGAAAUUGACCAAGAGUGAAUCAUAAAAUCUGGAUUCCCCCGAGCAAGUAUUGGAUGAUACCCUACUCAAGAGAAAUUAUUUUAAUAAAAUUAUUAACAAAAGUACUUCAAAAGUAUGCUAAAAGUACUUUUAAAGUAUAAAGGAAAUGUUGAAAGGGCUCAGGAUAAAUAGCCUGGAAUACCUUACAGGGAAACCAGCAACAAAAUUUCAGGGUGCAUAGGUAGAAGUUAUUUGUCAACCCUAGGAUCCAGGACAUGCAGGUAUGUCCAAAUGAUUGUCCCAUGAAGCUAAGAUCAUUCAUAUUCUGGAUAUAGGUGCAAAUAGAAAUGAAAUGCGAUGGAAAACUGAUCAAAAACAAGCUAUUCUAGCCAUUUUUCAUAUAAAUAUGGGAUAACAUACAAAUGAAAACACUCAAAAAAAGCAUUUUGCACUAUGAGGAAGUAAUAUUUUACACAAGCAGGCAAGUGGGGCUGACUCCAGAUGAGGUCAGGACUGUAUAAUGUGCCAAAUAUAGCGAUUUUCGACCUAACAUACCACACAUUUUGACUGAUUACUCAAAAAGUUAUGGAAUGCCCAUCCUGAAACUUGCAGGGAUGCUAGUGGACAUGACAGUCUUUCUUUAGUGUGAAUACGAAGAAAAUUGAAGGACGCGCGUUUUUUGCUAUUUCCAAUUUAAGUUUUUGGUCUUUUAUAAUUUUUUUCUAGUCCAAUUUGGGAAAAAAAUGCCAUGACCAAAAAAGAUAGAAGUUGAAGAGAGCUUUAAAAUGACACCUGAAUCAGCUCUCUAUGUGCCAUACUUUCAGAGAUAUGAACACUUUUGUAACGCAUGUCAUGCUAGUUAGCCAAAAAUUCAUUAGCCUCUAUCUCACUAAUUAGACGGCUUUGAACAAAAAUAUUUGAGCUCUGACAGUUUCUCCUGAAGGCCAAUCACUCCACCAAAUUUCAUCAAAAUCUGUGAGGUGAGUGGAGAUUCUUGGUUGAAUUGACAUGGAAUGACCCUAUAUCAAAAUCUAGUAUGUCUCUGUGAACUGUCAAAGUCUUCCGUUUAUAUACCGGACAGUUUGAGAAGCCUGUUGGAGUUUUAGGACACCAGAUAGAGAUUGAUCAAAGUGACAUUUUCUCCUCAGUGCUCGGAUCAGUCAUCCUCCAAAACUUGAUCUACUGUCUUUUCAGGUUGAAACCCUGAAGGCGGAAGUGGAAGCACUCAAAGCAGAGAGAGAGAAGGUUAACAGCUCGAUGAAGGAUAUCAUUCAUGGAGCGGAAGGCUACAAGGUUGGAGGAAAAACUACCAGAACAUGCUGUUGAAGACCUGGAACUCAGUGUUUCAGGAGUCUCACUCAAACUUACUGCCUGAAGAUCUUUUUGCUUAGAACUUCAAAAAAAAAACGUCAAAGAUCAACUCCAGAACUAGUAAAAAUGGGCUGAUUUUAGUUUGAUGGUCAUGCGUUGUUUGAUGAUUGACAGAAGGCUGGCAACACAGCUGCUCAUUAUUUUAAUCGAAAGCUUGUUUACUCAUAAGUGCUUUGAUUUCAGUUUUUUUAAAUAACUGACAUGCUUUUACAGCCUCAGUUUUACUUCUGUACUGUCCUCUGUACUGUAAAUCUAAUAAGGCUCCAUCACAUUAUGUGGAUGCAGUAAUACAGCAUUACUCGGGUGGUCAAAAAUCUGUGAGAACAUUUAGAUGUAAGUUUUCUCCAGAAAGAGAAGCACAACAUGAGGUGAACCAAAUCAAAUGAACAGCUUUGGUCAUGAAACAUCUGGUUGACUGUAUGCAUAGCUAAUAUGUUGCGAAGUGGCAGGUGUUAGCAUGCUUCAUUUGGAAGAGGACUUUUUGGAGAUGAUACUCCCAGAGAUUUCUGUAAACAGCCCCUUGGCUGUAAUGUGCUUUAUGACUGUGUCUCCAUUAGAGGAGAGGCCACUCCACUGUCACUAAUGACACUUAUUCCCAUGCUCAUUGUAAAUGCAGCUGAUAUUUGAGAUGCCUUGUGUUUACCUUUAGCCAGCCUCCAGUAAUGAAUGAAAUGCGUGUUUGUGUGUGUGCAGAACCUGCAGAUAGAUUACGACAGGCAGACGGAGCAACUGGAUAAAGAGAGGGAGAAGAUGGAUGCAGCAGAGAGACAGAUUGCCGAGCUGACCAAACGACUCAGCAGUGCUGUCACACAGGUAACACAGCUACACACUCACACCUUAACACUAACAAGCGCACAAACUGCUCUCACCCUCCAGUAAAUCUGUGCAGUGCCACUUUGUUGAGCAAUACAUCUCAACAGUGCUGCUCCCAUCACUCAGUUUUCCUCUGAUUUACAGAGUGGUUUUAGCCAGUGACGCUUCACCCGGCUCUGCCUGACAGCCAGCACCCACAAAUAGCUCAUCAGAUGUGACUGCUGGGGAGACAUUUUCUUUAUGUAUACUGCUCUCCCCAAGCUCAUUACUGUUUCUCACCAAUGAGAGAAAACAACAGGCUGGUAAAUGGAGCGGAGGAUAGUUUCCAUCUGCUGUGUGCUCGUGCAACUCUAUUUUUCAAAGCCCAGGUUUAUUCUUUUGUGUGCUCGUUGGUCUCAGGGGGCGGCAGACUGAAAGCUAGUCAGGUAUCCUGGAGUACUUCCUUCCACCUCUGUUUACCGAUAACAGUUUGAGUAUUUGGCUGACAGAUGACGGGGGUGGCUGCUGCUGCUGCUGCCAUUUCUACUGGUUCAGUGUUCCUGGAGGAGAAGGUCCUCAGAGUCUGCAGCUGUCAGUUUUGCAUGAAUGACUUUUAAAUGUGUCAAAUGGUGUCUUGAGGUUUUUCAGUUGAAAUGUGGACUAAUUAAAGCAACAAUCUCUCAGAGAGGGUCUUCUUUUCAGUCGAGGUCUUUUAAGAGGAAUUACAAAAAGAUGAUACCAUAUUUUCAACUCACAAAGCACCUAAACUUAACAGUAGGUCUCUCUAAAACAACAUAAUAGGGGCUUCAAUAACUUGCUUCUAUAUAGACGUAAGCCUCUAUUCAUAUACCAUAAAUGACCUUACAUUACUUUUAUUCUGUGAUCGUUCUUCAUUUGCCAUAUUUUCUACAUUGGCACAGAGUUUAUUUUCAUGGGAUGCUAACAUAUGUGGGUUUUUUUUUUGUCUUUCCAGACUGAAAGUAUGAGCAGUGAAAAGGAGGAUCUACUGGCCAGUAUAGAGACUUCAAGGAACACUGUGAGGCAGUUAGAGGCCCAGAACCAGGAACUGCAAAGACAGUCUGACCACCUGGAGAGAGACCUACUUGCUGAGAGAGCUAUGAAAGAGCAGAAGAUCAAGGUAAACAUUAGGAUGCUUUCAGAUGCUCUCUCCUUUGCCCUAAUCAGUGAACAUGAUAGUCAUUUACAGUCAAAUAUACAUACUUCCUUCCCUUGUGUAUUUGUUUGCUUGCUUCACCAGGACUUGUCAUCUGCCACAAAAGAAGUCGAAGAGCUGACAGCCCAGCUACGCAAGCAGCAGCAACAGUCUCAGCAGACUGCCCAGGAGCUGGAGCUACUACGCAAGGUACACACACACACACACACACACACACACACACACACACACACACACACACAAACUGCCUCUCAGACACUAGUGUCUCUGAGGGCCUGUCCAGUCAAGCUGAACUCGUGAUGGCUGGCUUGCAGCUACAGCACCUCUCAGAUAGAGAGAAAGCAGCUCUUGCCCACAGGACAGGAGCUGCUGUUACUUUUCCAUUAGUGGAGGGUUUCAUAGUACAGCAGUGAACAUGGAGGCUGCCAGGAGGCAGGACUUUGUCCUCUUAAUAAGACAGCCCAACAAACUACAGCUUCUCUUGAACCACAACCUGAUGGUGAGAGUAUAAAAAAAGAUCAUGAAACAUUAGUUCUAUUUCUUUCUUCAGAAAUCACAAAGAGAUUGUUAUUAAAGACCAGAAAUAAUGAUCAAAGCAUACUGACAUCAUCACUGGAGGUGUAUUUAAAUUGAAUCCUAUAAUUAGAUUAUUGUUCACAAUUCCUAUAAUGGUUAAUAUAUGAUAACAGAAUUUUUGUUUUCUUCAAGCUUUGCUGAAUUGAUGCAAAGGAUAGAACACUGUAUCAUUUCAAAUUCCUCUUUUUAUUCAGAAAGGCACAACUUCAUCACAAAUAUCAUGACACACUUACAUUAAUUCAGUUUGGACACAGUAAUGUUGUCCAUACUCCCCUUCUGAAGCUUUUUCCACUGACCCAAACCUUUCAGGGCCCGGGAGCACACCCUUCAUACAAAAAUUUAAAUAAAAUAAAAUAAAAGAGGGUAGGUUUACACAAAGCACAAGUGUGGUCAAAUAAAAUCGGGUCUGAUUGGUUUUCUAAGAACUUUCUCAUUCCAUUUAACUUCUCAGUUUAAUGCUACAAUGUUACAAUGCCAUGUAGCACACGCUUUUCUCCAAAGCAAAAACAACACAAGCAAAAAGACAAGAAGAAACAAGGUUAGCAAAAACCACAAAGAGCUUCAAGUCCAUCUGGAUACACACUACUAUGCAGUGUAAAAGGAAAUACACAGAGUUAAUAAAGUAGUUAGUUUUUAUUUCGGAUGAACAUCAACAAAGAAGUAUAAGACCUCUCAUCAUCACUGUCAAUGAAAUCGUCUUUACCACAGUAAUGACCAAAGUACCAAAGGCUGGUUCACUCGCAAAGGGCUGGGCACAGAAUCCCAGAAAUAGAGCAGCACAGUCUGAGCCGACUGGAGCUGAAGACUUGUUCUACUACUGGGGACAACAGUGGAGACUGCUCUAGAUAAGUGCUUAGGAUCCUCUAAAGAGCUGGGUCUUCAGCUGUCUUUUGAAAGUAGAGGGGAACUCUGUGGAUAUGCUUGAUUUUGAUAUUAAUACUUCAUAUUGAAUUUCCUUUCAGGGAUCAAUAAAGUUUAUCUUAUCUUAAUUCAAAGCUGAAGCAUACUUAAAGUUAAAAUGACUUCAUGACAAUGAAAUGACUUGUCAUUUGUGCCCUUCACGUGUCGAAUCUGCCCCUAGGAGGCGCAGCAGAGCUCUCUGCUGGACAUGGAGAUGGCAGACUAUGAGCGGCUGGUGAAAGAGCUCAAUGCCAAACUGGCACAUAAAGAUGAAUGUGCUGAAGAAUUGAAGGCCCAGAUAACUUUGCUGACGCAGAAAGAAAACACCCUGAAAGAGGAAGUUGGUAUGUAAAGGAUGUUUGACUCUAGUUCUACUCCUCAGUACGUUAAUUGAGCCAUGGAUGUUUUUUAUAAUGCAAGGGAGGAUUAGCUCGUGACUCCUCCCCUUUUGAUCAUACAGCUUAUCUCAUUGUUUCAAAGAGUGUCUUUAAAUGAAGCUUUAAGUGUAAAUUUCACUGUAACCACCUGAUUUGAUUCUGUGGAUGUACGUUUCUGUGUGUGUGUGUCUAGAGUCUUUGAAGUCCCAGCUGGACCUGGGGGAGGAGAAAACCUCCAAGAUGAAACAGCUGCUUUUGAAGACCAAAAAGGACUUGGCCGAUGCCAAGAAACAGGUCUGCUCUGUGUCUCUGGUGUGUCUGUAUAUCUGUGUACAUCAGUGAGUGUGUCCCCAAAAAUUCCGUUUAACGGUGUUAAACGGUGUUUUUUAGCCUUUGUUUUACUUAUAAUCUUUUUAUUGAUUUUAAUGUUUUCAUUUUCCUUUAUUUUAUAUAUAUAUAUUUAAUUCCACUUUAUCAUUUAUAUUACCAUCAUUUUAUUUUAUUAUGAUUUUAUUAUUAUUAUUAAUAUCCUCUUUCAUACUUACUAGCCUGUUUUCUUCCCUCCUUUUCUAUUUCUUUUUUUUUGCUUUUAUUUUGGUCCUCAUGGUCCCAUUUAUUUUGUAGGGUUCUUGUAUUGCCUGGGUUUCUUACGAAAAGUGAAACAGGCCUACAAUUCAGAGGCCUGUUUUUAACUGAGCUUUUGUUUUUAUGUGUUUUUAUUUUCAAUGCGCUGAUGCUCUGUGCUUACAACUGUUGUCUAAGCACUUUGUAAACUUCUGUUUUUAAAGGUGCUAUAUAAAUAAAAAUUAUUAUUAUUAUUAUUAUUAUUAUAAACGUGGCCACCUGAUGAAUAGAAAGAGUUAAGUGCAGAUAAGUGUGGGCAUGGUUGAGGGGAGGCCUUGAAGACGUUGGAAACAGUUGAUCAUGUCUUGAUUUAAGCAUGUGAGCUGUUUAUUUAAAUUUUCCCCUUGUGUGUGCGUGCAUGUGCAUGCGUGUGUGUGUGUGUGUGUGUAACUGUGUAUGUGCACGCAGGAAAGCUCCCUCAUGAUGCUGCAGGCUUCUCUGAAAGGAGAGCUGGAGGCUAACCAACAGCAGCUAGAAAGCGCAAAGGUAACACAAGGCACGAACCAUCAUAACUUCAUUCCACUAUUUAAUGUGAUACAAUAUAAUUGUACACAUCAACAUCUGAGUCCAACACUAGUCACAUGUCAAGGUGUGUCGGUGUGUCUAGAUUGAGGUGUGUGAGCUGACGGCUGAGCGUCACCGUAUGCAAGAGCAGCUGAGGUCUGCCUUGGAACAGCAACAAAGAACCAACAGCUCCAUGCAGCAAAGGAUCAACAGCCUGCAGCAGGAGAGAGACACUGCUAAGGUACACACAGGACUUUUUGCUACAGUUGUUGGGGCUCAGCAGUUGUCUUCAACUGUAUGAAAGUUAUUCAAAAAAACUUCAUAUUUCACUGAAUUCUAAGAAUACCUCCAUGUUUCUGAAAGAAAAGAAUCACAUAGAAAGUCUCUGUCCACAAAUGACUGUAAAUCAUUCAAUCAUAUGGAGUUCUUUGCUUCACAUCCUUUCUACUUUGCAAGUGCAAUGACAAUUCUAUCAAUAUCUAUUCGAACUAAAACAGCGACUUCCUGGACAUAUAGGCUGGGGAGGUAAUGAUGAACUGAGAGGUGUUUGUGCUUUGGUUCACUCCCGACUUCUCUCAAGUAUUCUACUUCUUUUGAACCUUUGUCAGUCUGCCCUUUGAGUUUCACCGGCAAACAACAAAUACAGGAAAUUGUAGACCAGCUGGGUUAAUUAUCACAUGGUGCAUUGUUUAAAUACCUAUGAACAGCAAAAUUAAUAUCUCUGUUCACGAGGUGUUUGCAUUUGAACUCAGUAAAAUGGUACCUGUAGAGGGGAGUUCAGGCCUUUAGCUGAGGAAAGUUAAGAUGAUCAAAAGCAGAAAAGACAGGGAAAUUUAUACGGAGUAGAGUUAAAUCAAGUGAAUAAGAAGAACUUUAUAAAUCCCCGAAGGGAAAUUCAAUAAUAAAUACAUUUAAAAAAUAUAUAAUGAUAAUAAAUACAUUUUAAAAAUUCAAUCAAGCAGGGAGAACAAUUUUAAAGUCAGGUGUACUUAGUUAUUGAAUGUAUUUUUUGUUAAUCUUUGUGUUUUUUUAGACUGAGCUUAUGGCGACGGCCAGCGAGUUUGAGGGUUACAAGGUGCGAGUCCACAAUGUGCUUAAACAGCAGAAGAGCAAAACCACUGCGCUCAGUGAAGGAGACACUGGCAAACUCGAGAGGUAAAGAAAAAUGUACAUGACAAAAGUCGAUACAAGGCAGUCAGAAAAGCAGAUGGAAACUGCAAACUCUUGUGAAUGUUGGAGGGAUGUAAACUACAGUGAGCAAUGAUCGCUUCUUUUAGUUCACAGCAAGUUGACCGUGACACAAGUAAAUGAAUUCCAAGUUUAAGGAUAUUUAAGUCUACAUUUCCUCAACAGUGUUUUCGAUAUUCAAAAAUGCAAUUACUUUAAAGCAUUGCAUUGUAGUCUUUCAUAAAAAUAUGAACAGAAGGUGGACAAACUGAACCAUGCCACAGAAGAGAGAUUUUGAACACUAAUUAGACGUAGGUGUCAGUCAAGACUGUAAAAGUGAUGUGUAAAUUGAAUGAAUGUUUGGGUGUGUGGCAGGGAGCAGUUGUCUUCUCAGGUAGAACAGCUGAGGACCAGGCUGGCAGAGAGUCAGCAGAGCCUCCUGAGCAGCACAACCGAGCUGCAGCAGCUCCAGACUGAACACGACACUCUGUUGGAGAGACACAACAAAAUCCUCCAGGAGACUAUUAGCAAGGAAGCUGAGCUACGGGAGAGGUGAGAUAUCCUGGCCCCUUGUCAUCUAAGAUUUAUCAUAGUGCCAUGUUCAUGUACUGCAUGUUCUCUCAUACGCAGCCACCUCAUUUUCUGAACAAAUCUCUCCUCUUAACAAGCUUUUAUUUUCCUUUUAUCUUUCUGCUGUAUGCUGUUCAUACCUGUUUUCUUCCACCAACUGAGCAGUCUCUAAAUUCUUCCUCUUCUUUCCUUCAGGCUUCUGUCAGUGCAGUCGGAGAAUGUGGGCCUGCGGUCAGACCUGUCCCAGGCUCAGACUGACCUGUCCUCCCAGGCUGAAGCCCAGCGUCAGUCAUACAGGGAGCAGCUGAGGAAGCUGCAGGAUGACCACCGGGCUACUGUGGAGACCCUGCAGGGCCAGCUGACCCGCGUUGAGGAGCAGCUCUUUGGCUUACAGAGCCAGAUCAGUAAGCAUUGCACCAAAGUCAAUCCACUGAAAUCACUCAGACAGUGCAAACCUGAGUAUGUACACUCACCGGCCACUUUAUUAGGUACACCUGUCCAACUGCUCGUUAACACUUAAUUUCUAAUCAGCCAAUCACAUGGCGGCAACUUAGUGCAUUUAGGCAUGUAGACAUGGUCAAGACAAUCUCCUGCAGUUCAAACCGAGCAUCAGUAUGGGGAAGAAAGGUGAUUUGAGUGACUUUGAACGUGGCAUGGUUGUUGGUGCCAGAAGGGCUGGUCUGAGUAUUUCAGAAACUGCUGAUCUACUGGGAUUUUCACGCACAACCAUCUCUAGGGUUUACAGAGAAUGGUCCGAAAAAGAAAAAAUAUCCAGUGAGCGGCAGUUCUGUGGGCGGAAAUGCCUUGUUGAUGCCAGAGGUCAGAGGAGAAUGGCCAGACUGGUUCGAGCUGAUAGAAAGGCAACAGUGACUCAAAUAACCACCCGUUACAACCAAGGUAGGCAGAAGAGCAUCUCUGAACGCACAGUACGUCGAACUUUGAGGCAGAUGGGCUACAGCAGCAGAAGACCACGCCGGGUGCCACUCCUUUCAGCUAAGAACAGGAAACUGAGGCUACAAUUUGCACAAGCUCAUCGAAAUUGGACAAUAGAAGAUUGGAAAAACGUUGCCUGGUCUGAUGAGUCUCGAUUUCUGCUGCGACAUUCGGAUGGUAGGGUCAGAAUUAGGCAUCAACAACAUGAAAGCAUGGAUCCAUCCUGCCUUGUAUCAACGGUUCAGGCUGGUGGUGGUGGUGUCAUGGUGUGGGGAAUAUUUUCUUGGCACUCUUUGGGCCCCUUGGUACCAAUUGAGCAUCGUUGCAACGCCACAGCCUACCUGAGUAUUGUUGCUGACCAUGUCCAUCCCUUUAUGACCACAAUGUACCCAACUUCUGAUGGCUACUUUCAGCAGGAUAAUGCGCCAUGUCAUAAAGCUGGAAUCAUCUCAGACUGGUUUCUUGAACAUGACAAUGAGUUCACUGUACUCAAAUGGCCUCCACAGUCACCAGAUCUCAAUCCAAUAGAGCAUCUUUGGGAUGUGGUGGAACGGGAGAUUCGCAUCAUGGAUGUGCAGCCGACAAAUCUGCGGCAACUGUGUGAUGCCAUCAUGUCAAUAUGGACCAAGCUCUCUGAGGAAUGAUUCAAGCACCUUGUUGAAUCUAUGCCACGAAGAAUUGAGGCAGUUCUGAAGGCAAAAGGGGGUCCAACCCGUUACUAGCAUGGUGUACCUAAUUAAGUGGCCGGUGAGUGUAUAUCAAUGCAUUAAAAUGUGGCAGCUCUCCUAUAGACUAAUAUGAGCAGUAUGAUCCAAAAGAAGGGAGUGCUGCAAACAUCAACAGCUUUGAGCUCUAAGAGUUCAUGAAUGGUAUCAAAGAAAGAGAUCCAUCAUGGUAUCAAGUUGAUUUACUCUGCUUUUCUUUGGGAGGAAAGAUGAGAGACAGAACAGAGGAGGUGGGUUGUUGGUGUGUUUAUCAGAAGGGCAGCAGUGGAAACUCGUUCAUCACCUCCCACACAGCUGCCCUCUGGAGUCAAACAGAACAUACACACACAGUAAUGGCGAGGAAAAGAAAGUGAGUGUGUGUACUUCCCUGUCACUUCAUUAUGGCCAGGUGUUGUGAGGCUCCUCAGCUAUGUUCCCACCUCUCAGAGGGCCACACCGCUUACUGUGGCAUCUGGAGAGGCUCAUCAUUAGCAGCUCACACAUGCAUGCCAGCAAUAGCCUGAUGUAUGCAACCAAAAUCAACCGUCACUGGAAGUCUCUACAGCAUCUCUACAUUUGAUUUAUUUGAGGCUGAAAUGCAAAGCGUUCAACCUCAGUGUGCUUGUGGGGUGGCAGGUAGGUCAAUCGAACUGCUGGCCUCCGGGAUGAUUCCUAUGGGUUUGUAUUUUUUCAUGAAUAAGACGAAACAAUACAAAAUCAAGGAUAAAUCGGUGACUUCUGUCCCCAUGUAGCUUUCUGCAUAAAGGGUGUUGUGACAGAAGACUGAAGAUUUUAAAUUGUCAGUAUUUAACACAAAGGGCUAACAUGUCUGUCUGACUGGAACAGUGAGCUCUUACAUUGUAAAGUGGACUACCUUUGACCUUGAGCAGGAUAUCGAGACAUCUUUUUGCUUGCUUGUUCAGUGUCAUCCUGGCCAAGUAAACACAUUUUAACCAAUAACCUGUUUUAAUAUUCCUUUAUUGUGAUAUUUCUUAGCUUGAUGUAAAGGGCACUACAAAUAAAAUGUAUUAUUAUUAUUAUUAUUAAACAAAAUUAUGCUUUAUGCAUGUAAUAGCCAUCAUGCUCUUCUUCCUUACGCAACAAGGAGGAGCAGAGGAGGUAGUGUAUCAGACUGGAGGUGAAGAGUGAGGGAGUAGUUUGAUGUCUGGUGUUUUGGAUCUGUUUCAGGAUCAUUUAUCACCUUUCCCUUUUGUCCACCUACUCUCUUGAGAUCAUCACCCAUUUCUUUCGUCUCUUUCCACAUGUUGGUUCAAGCCUGAAAUGCCAAAGUGUGUCUAGUGCCCCCUUGUGUCAUAAACGGCAGCCACAACUUUUGAAUGACGAGUAUCUGCACUUGAGAGGGGACUGAUCAGCAGGCUAAGUUCAGAGGAGCUCUUUGCCUCAGACAUUGGAGAACAGCAUGUGCUGCCCUGGUUUCUUUAGCUUUUGCACAGUCAGAAAAAUUCAAAUGAGACAACACUAACAUGGUGUUCUAUGCUUCAUACUUGUUCAGGUUCAAUGUCAGUUCAGUCCAGCCGGAAGCCUCUGACAUCAGACACCCAGCGCAGAAAUACUGACCAGAAUCCAGCAGGUCUGCCUCUGAUGACCCUAAGUGACCUCCAGUCUAUGGCCAGAGAAGAAGGGGAAGGCAUGGAGACCACUGAGACUGAGACCCCUUCUCCUGCUCUUACACCCCUGCCCUCUCUGGAACAUCUUCUCACAUCCCCAGACCCAAAACAAGGUUUGGUUUAAAAAGCUCAAUAUGGCUUUAAUGUAUAUGUCAAGUGGCAUGUGCAACACUCAUAGCAAUCAGAAUCUGUUCUUUGAGGCUUUCUUUGGAUCAUAUCAUGGGAAACUGUAGAGACAUCAAAUUUGGACUAAACUCAUAUACUGGACGACUUUGAUUUGUCAGUUUGUGCAGCUGGAAGUUAUAAAACUUUUGUAGAUUCUUAAGAACAGUCCAUUGAUUUUCUCCUGUUAUUUAAAUAUGAUCAGCCAAACAUACCACGUUAUAACAGGAAUUAUUCCUGGAGGUCUAAACAGAAGAAGAACAAAAUGUGUGUAUCCAUGACUAUUUAUUUGAUAUCUCACUGUUUGUUCUCCAGAGCCGUUUGUGUGGAACGUGGAGCCGACCAAAGAAGAAUUAAGUCAAAAGCUGAGCACAGCCACCCGCAGUAUGGAGCACAUGAACAGCCUUCUGCAUGAAACUGAAGCCACCAAUGCUGUUCUGAUGGAGCAGAUCACCGUAUGUUCUCACACAUAUGUACACACAUGAAGAGAAAGCAUUAAGUCAUGACUUAAGGUCCUUAUACACCGGGGCCAACGCGUAUAUAGAAGGGGAAAUUACCAAAUAUUCAGAGGCGAAUUUUGACGCGUCUGACUAUACACAUCAUCAAGCCCAAUGUGAUUUUGCGACUUUCCAGGGGAAAGUUCUGAUUAGACUCUAGUGUUGAGAUGGCUGUCUGUCAUGAUAGCAUGUACUGAGUCGGGGCCAGUACCAGAUAAGCACAUUAAACUAUAAUCCAUAAACGUAAGGUAACAACUGAGACCGAACAGUGCUGUGACAACAACGCGAUUGAGAUUGUAUCUGAACAGGCUAGUUUACGAGCUUAAGUUACUUAGCACAGAUGAAAGUUAAAACAAAGAUAUUUAGCAAACUGUAAAAGCACACAAACCAUUGUCAUAUGUGAAAUCCGACGCUAUGACUCUCUACAAGUUGUCCCUCAGGUCGUUAUCUUUAUAAUAUUUGUGUCUUUUAUCAAAAAGCACUCUGUUCUCCGACACGUAAACAAUCAGCCGGUCAGCCAUGUUGGAUAUACUGGUGAAUCAGAUGUCGCAACAACACGAAAUCUGAUUGGUCAGAAGUGGACACACAGGCUGUUGCUGCGUCCGAAUUGCCAAGUAGUAGUUGAAGUAGUAGUCGAAGUAGUAUCUAGCAUGUCCAAAUUGGCCAACGGAGCGAGUAGCAUGCUACUUCAGAUACUACUUCAGAUACUAGACAUGCCCACAUUGUAGGUUGGUCUCGGUGCAUCCUACGGGCAUGCUACUGACCCAAAAUGCACCGCGGGCUUCUUCUUCGUCCUCGUAAAAGUUGUAGAAGCGCAUGUGAUGCUAGCGCCACCAGCUGCUGCCUGUUUAGAUGCGUCGCGAACGCCGGCUGGCCACAGCAGCGCGCACCAUGUCGGAGCAGCAGCAGGCAGGACCGCAGCAGUACAGAUGAAAGUUUCAUGUAACUUCGCACACUGUCCUAAAAAAAUGUGCGUUUGUAUCUCUUUGUCAUGUCAUGGUGUCAUAUUUGCCCAAGUAAUCAUUUUAUGAGCAAAUAUGUGGCGACAUCAUGGAGGUAAAGCUCACUUAUUCCAUCAUUAAACUGCACAGCUGCAGUAAUCCGGCAGAUCUCAUUGAACAAACGAUCACCACGUGAGUGAAUGAAGGCUAAAAGUCAUGGAAAAGCUACUUUGUGAAUUUCUAAAGCAGUGCAGGAAUAUAAUACAGCAGCAUCCAUCACUUGCACAAUAACCAUUCAAAGAGUCUAAAACGGGCGCAGUACCUACUCUCUGCCUGCGGGGGUCGUCUCUCCCCACCGCUCGUCUAGUGUGUCCGAAUUGGGCCAACGUGUUUAGGAUGUAGGAGUAGGAUCUAGCAGUAGUAUGUAGUAUGCGAGCGGGCAAUUCGGACACAGCAUGUGUCUCAUUUCAGAGACCGCAUCGGGAUAAGCGCGCAUAAGCACCACGUCUCUGACACCGGUGGUAGCCUACACCUGCAGAGACACCAACACCUUAUUAUGGUAUAUGGAUUCAUAUCAUAAACUAUAGCUCAAUGUCAUUCACGGAUAUUUACGGCUGCAUAAACGGAUAUAUCAUCAGCAUAUUCAUUUCUGCCUCCACAAAAGCAGCGAUUUCCUUCAAGUACACCAUUUUUUUCCCGUGGAAAAGACGUAUUUCUCAUAUUAGUACUUGAGCCAAGAACCAAAAUUUCACAUAUCGGUACCACCUGGGUGGGCAAAUUCUAGUUGUGAUUUUUUAUUGCUAUACAUCCCUACAAUAAGUUUUUAUAUGAUAGACCUUGGUAACUGGUAGCUUUAUUGUAGUUAUCACUCAUUAAAAUAAUAGAGUGCAGCUGUUCAAAAACGAAAAAUCGCCUUCCUUCAAAAUUAGCUUUCUUUCAUUUUAACCUCUCAUUUAGGUGUGUUUGAACUAUUGGCUAGCCAUAGAGACUUGUAAUAACCCCCUAUGUAGUAUUUCAAGUAUUUUAUCUAAUACAGGUGUGUAUAUAUAAGCUUCAAUUAGCCAAUUGUCAGGUCUAAAUCAAGGUCUAAAUUAAGGAUAUUUUUUUUACUUAGAAGUAGAAGUAAAGUAAAUGCAGACUAAUAGCAUUAUCAUAACACAACCUUAAUAUGACACUGACAUAUUUUAAAUGCAGGAACUCAAUAUACAAUCAUCCUGGCUGGUGCAGGGCAAGAAGACAUUAGCAACAAAAUAAGAUCUACUGAUGUAUACACUCUAUACAAUCUGAAUGACUCGCUGAUUCAUCCACCGAUUACCCUGCAGAUGACCAGCUUCAGUCAUUUCCCCCUCCACAGAAGCAGCUUUACGACUUAUUUACUUUUAUGACUUUAUUCUCCUAAAUUUACAACUUUAAUCUCUUAAUCUUAAAAGAAAGAAAAAACUCAAUGUUGUCCUGAUCCUCUGCUGUAGUUUUGUCAGCUUUCUUAUUUCUAACGUUUUUGAUUGUUGAAGCAGAGCGGAUCAGUUCGUCUCUAAAUCUAUGUUUGGUUUAUAGAUUUUAUUGAGUUCAGAGACCAUGCUCUCAUACAGCCUGAGCUGACUGUCUGCUGUUUUUGGAUUUCUUGUAUUUUCUUUAAAGACGCGCUGUGUCUCCAAGCGAGUCCAGCCUCUCACCUGAAAUGCGCAGCUGUGCAUAAAUGCACGCUUGAAAAAUGCUAAGCGCGCUUAGCAUUUCUUAGCAUUUCGUGUCAAACGGGACACCGUUCGCGCCGCGUGAUGACAUCAUGCACGCUUCAAAUGCGCCGUUCGGCGCCGUACGACGGUGCGGUCUCUGAAAUGGGACACAGCCUGUGUAUGCGAAACUUUAGAAAAAUUGACCAUGAUCCGAAAAAAUAAAUGUCGCAAUAUCGCAGGACAGGAGAACGUCGCUGAUGUGAACGCUUGUAUUGACAGGAUAUGGGUUCGGAAAAAAUAUUGAUGUCAGAAGUACUCAUACGACAAAAACGGUCCUGGUGUGAAAGGACGUUUAGUUGCAAACUUGAUUCUGCACCAUGAGCAUUUCAUGUAUAACUACUACAGGAAUGAUGUCAAAAGUCUACUUCGUAUUUAAUCCCAUGACUUUUAUUACACUGAAGAAAUACUACCAAGCAGAAACAGAAGUCCUGGUUUGGCUAGUGUGUAAAGUCUUAUCGUAGACAGGUGUUUCAUAGGUGCACCGACCACGACUCAAAUAGGCCGAUAGGCUCCUACAGUCAUAUCAAAGAGCCGAGCAUUGUUCACAGUUCCCUCUUUGUCAAGAAGAUAGUAAAACUUGUGUCCUUUGACCCUGAGAGGGAUGAAUGAGGAGGACUCCUGUCUGUGAGCAUAGCAGGCCACCUGAGACAGGGGGACUGUUAUUCUCCGACCUCGGCCUGGUCCUAAAGGGGACUGUGUACUCACUGUCACCAUUCUGCCACCUUGGUGUAAAACCACCUGGCUGACAGAGCGCCGGCAAAACAAGACCCCGAGCCCGACUAUCCCAGCUCCUAUGAUGAGACAUCCCAGAGUGAAGCCGUACCUCCAGGCGCUUGAGCCCAGGUUCAUUUGAAAACUCCAUAUCCCAGCAAGCCCGGUUGUAGUUUCUGCCUGUUCACUGCCUUUUUUUCCGGAAGAGGCUCCUGUAUCUCUGAGCCCAGUGUAAGCGAAGUGACUCAGGUACGUCCAGAAUAAAAACUGUCCGCCACAGAAGACUGUGAGGGUCCGAAAGAAACUGGUCCUGUCGUGCUGGAACAGGAUGACCUCUUUGGAGGGCUGGGCGGAGGAGGAGCAGAGGUGGCGGCGGACCACCGUCUGUCUGUAAGCGGCUCCGGGGCGGCCUCGGCGGACCAGUAUCGUGCUGUACAGUUCUGAUCCACAAGUGAUCCGGUUUGCGACGUUCGACGUGUUCCCCGUCCCAGUCCCAGACUCACGGACGACUCUGAAUACCUGCUGAGAGCUAACCAGUCGAAACUGACUCGACAAACACGUCAGUGCUCCGCGUAGAAACCGCUCUAAACCCAUUUUUGACGAAAAUAAUUAGCUUUUACUAAUUGUUAUUGUUCGAAGAUCUCAAUAAUGACUGGAGUUUUGCUACUUCUUCGUCAACAUAUUAUGAAAGCCGAAAGGGCGCCGCCAUACUUGCUUUGCUUGACAUAAGGCAAUCUACGGAAACGUGUGCUGACCAAAAUUCAUAUCGGCCUGUGUGUUCGUCAGCACAUGAUAUACUUCUGUCAAACUAUUCACUAUUUGCAGCUCGAGUCAUAUUUAUCUAAGUGUUAUUUAAAUGCCGCAUACAUGCUUUUUAAUAUAUUUUUAUGGUAUUAAGUUGUUCAUUUUUAAAACAUGUACAGAUCUUCAUGUUAACUUUAUUAUAAUUUUAUGAUAUCUUAAAAUAAUGAGAUUUAAGAGAUUUAUGUUUGCAGCUAACGUUUAUGUGAAGCUAGUGUUAAAGAGGUGUUUAUUUGUCAAACCCUUGGGUAUAUGUAUAUAUAUAUUUUUUCUUUUUGACCAGCUGAUGUGUUCUGUCCUCCAGUUGUUGAAGAGUGAGGUUCGUCGCCUGGAGAGAAACCAGGAGAGAGAGAAGAGUGUGGCCAACUUGGAGUAUCUUAAGAAUGUUUUGCUGCAGUUUAUUUUUCUGCAGUCUGGUAGUGAGAGGCAAGCGCUUCUGCCUGUAAUUCACACAAUGCUGCAGCUCAGUCCGGAAGAGAAAAGCAAACUGGCUGCCAUAGCACAAGGUAAGAGCAUAUGUUUGCUUUUGGUGUUCAUAUUUAAGUACAUAAUUACAUUCAUAUGCUUAAGUCUUGGCAAACAUCAAACAAGGUGGCAAAAAACCUAUGUGCCAUUUGUCUGGGUAAAAACCAAUCUGUUGUCAAGUCUGAUUUGAACAAUAAUAAUUGUUUUGUCGAGUGCUUUUACUGCACUACUUUGAAGGUGUUAGUGUCCAUCUGUACACGAACGGUACAAAGUCUAACUGUGUAUAUAGUAGAAUUGGGCAUUUUAAGAAAGUUGCUGUAUCACUCCCCUUGUAAAAUGUCAAAAUCCGUCAGCAUGGUGAUAGUCACUGCAUUGCUUCAACACACAAACACACACAUUGACUGGACAUAGAGAGUAUAUCUCCUGAUCAGCAGAGGUUGAUUUUUGCUGAAAAGCAGCUGGAGGAUGGACGCGUGCCUUCAGUCCUUUUUUAGAAAUGUUAGCUCGAUCAAUGUUAUUCUGAACGAUCAAUUAAUCAAUCAUUGAUUAAUAUUCAUACCUUAUUUUCGACCGUUUUUUUCUCUCCUGGUAAGUCAAGUGCUAUGAGAUAUUCCAAGAAUAAUGUCUUGAUUGUUUUAACUGUUUUUUCUUGUUUUUCUUUUUAUGCCCAGGUCAAGAAGAGGGUUCCGUCAAUCGUGGCUCAGGCUGGAGCUCUUAUCUCCACAGCUGGUCUGGGAUCAGAUAGACUUGAAUCAACUAACCACACAAACAGGCAACAGCACUCCCAUGUAACAGGUUCUUCUCUCAUGACAGCUUAAAUGAAGCAGAAAUGCCGUGUGGGGGAAAUAGUGACAAAAUAAAGUGGAUUAAAGGGGCUUUCACAAACUUUUAGGUACACAGUGAAGGGACCAAGGAAUGCAUCAUAAAAAAUUUAAAAAAAGAGUGAGGAGGGGUUAAACCAAAAUCAUUGACAUAAUGACUGACUUAGGUUUGCAGGGCAAUAACUACAUUAGUCUCUUACAAAUUAACUGCUGACUGCAACAUGUUUCUGUCUUCCUCACGCUAAAUGUUGAUGCCUGUAUUCAGAAGGAAACAUAGGACAUUGAGUUGCAUGUCCUUAAAGGAGCUCAAAGGCAUUAUAAGGUGCCAUUAGCACUAUUAAAACAUUAUAGCUUAUGUAAUAAUUUGUCUCCUGUGUAUCAAUGAAAAUAUGGUUUAAUGUGCAUGAGCUGCACAUAUUCUGGAAAGAGGAAAUAAUCAAGAAGAUAGCUGUGUAUAGAGUAUAAUUUUCAGAUUUUAAAUUUUAUCUCAAGAUUUGAUUUGUAUCAGGUGUAGAAAUUACAUGGGCACAGCAGUGGGCAACAGAAAAUAACUAUAAAGACUUUUCAUUCCUCUUCAAACACUUACCAAGGCCAUACUUAAGUAUAAAUUCAAUGUGUUUCCACAUCCCUUAAUGCAAAAUUUACAAUAAACCAGAGACAACUUGAUCUCCGCUUUCAUUUCAGUUCAGCAGUUACUGUUGACGUUGAAAAGUUAUAAUAGUCAAACAUGCUUUGAAAAAAAAGCAGCAGUGGUAGGCUUUAGCAGCUAAACCUCAGGUGUAGCACUGGCAGUUUAUCACUAUAUUUUUUAAGUCUACCUGAUGUGAAGCACACUUCCAUACACUCUACAUUGCACGAAUAAAAAUGUGCUCUUAUUCCAGGGUUGAAUGAAGGUAACUGUGCUGAUUAUUGUCUCAUCCCAGUCGCAGCUUUUGGUUUAUCCUAAGCAUAAGUGAAUGUAUGUUUAUCUUAAGUUUUUAUAUUUAUACAAGUCAGAUUAACAGGAGCUACAUGAAGUUGCACCAGCUCUUAUUUCUGAUCUGUACAACAAUAACUGGGCAUUUUCAGUAGGUUAACAACCUAUGAGUAAGUAAAAUUAGUGAUUUUCUUUGUGGUUGUUUCCAAAUGUUAAAUAAAAUAAAGUUGAUUUGAAAACUCUGCA